AUGCCUGGACGGACGCUGCCGACCUUCGCGUCGUCUGAAGUCAAGUUGCAUCGCACGUCGAAGUCAUGUUGGGUGACGCGUGGAUCGAAGGUGUACGAUGUGACGUCGUUUGUGGGUGAUCAUCCAGGUGGAGGGGACUUGAUUUUAGAAUAUGCUGGCAAGGAUAUCGCUCAAAUCCUGGGUGAUGUCGUAUCGCACGAACACAGUGAAGCGGCCUACGAGAUACUUGAAGAUUACCAUAUCGGGUUCAUAGCACGGGAUCCAUCCUCGAAAUCAGAGUCCAAUGGUAUAUCUCAUACGCAAACAAACGGUCAUGUCGCACUUACCGGCCAACCGGUCUACGCGGCAACAGGAAUGUCCAGCGAGAAGGAUCUCUCUAUUGAUACCGAUGUAAACGCAGAUUAUAAGCAGCACAAAUUUCUGGAUCUAAGCCAGCCACUUUUUGGCCAACUCUGGUUCGGCGGCUUCUCAAAAGAAUUCUACCUGUUGCAGGUGCAUCGACCAAGGCACUACAAAGGUGGGGCUUCAGCACCCCUGUUUGGUAACUUCCUAGAGCCCUUAACAAAAACUUCUUGGUGGGUUGUUCCUAUGGUUUGGUUUCCAUGUGUCGCGUAUGGGACUGUGAUCGGAUUUGCCGGUUUGCAAAGUAUGACAAUGGGAUGCCUCUAUUGGCUACUGGGAGUUUUUAUCUGGACGUUGAUCGAGUAUGGAUUGCAUCGGUGCCUCUUCCACGUUGACAAGUAUCUUCCCGACAAUCGGGUGGGAUUGAGCCUUCAUUUCCUGCUUCAUGGGAUACACCAUUACCUUCCCAUGGAUAAAUACCGCCUCGUCAUGCCUCCUGCACUCUUCCUUAUUCUAGCCAGCCCGUUUUACAAGCUUGCCCAUCUGGUAUUUUUCUAUAAUUGGCAUGUGGCUGUAACGGUGUACUCGGGUGGAAUAUUCGGAUACGUAUGUUACGACUUGACGCAUUACUUCCUCCACCAUCGAAACCUACCUUCGUAUUAUCGCGGUCUCAAGCAAUAUCAUCUCCAACACCAUUUCGCAGAUUACGAUAAUGGCUUUGGCGUUACCAGUAGAUUCUGGGAUAGGGUGUUUGGGACAGAGCUUCCGCCCCUUCAGCCAUUAAAAGCCAAGUAG